CUAAAUAUAUACUAAAAAUAUUCAAAUUUCAAAGGAAAAAGAGGCACUGCCACGCCCACCCGAAGUCAAGUAUGUAACGGAGGCCACAAAAAGAAGCUUUUGAUACAGUCUCCAAUCUUCUUUAGUCUCCCCACUCCCACUGAUCUCUUGGAGCCAUUUCAGAGGAGAGGAGAGAAGUUUUGAGAGGAAAUGGGAGACUCUUCUUGUCUUUUGCAGGACUAUUGUCAUGCUCCUGAAGCCUCCAAUCAGGACAGAGAGGAAAAUUCUGGUGCCGCAGGUGAAUUUAGCUUCGGCACUAGGGGGAUCGAUCUCUUUCGGGAGGUACUUGUCGGAGUCGUUGGACUGGGGAAAGUGGUCAUCCUUCCCUCACAACAGAUACUUGGAAGAGGUUGGGAAGUACUCGAAACCAGGCUCGGUUGCUCAGAAGAAGGCUUACUUUGAAGCUCAUUACAGGAACAUGGCUGCUCGGAAACCAGCCUCUGUUCUGGAGCAUGGCAAUGCCAUCGCAACUAUUUCCCCUGAAAGAGAAGCCAAUGACAGAUUCGGCAACGAUGACAGCCACAUCGACUCUUCCGAUCCGGAAGUCGAAUCUAAAGAAGUUAGCGACAUCAUGACUACCAUUGAAGCACCGGCAGUUGCGACGGUGGCCGCCAAUGCUGCUAGUUCUAGCUCAGGUGGAGAAAACCAUGUUUCAGGAACAGGACAGGUGGACAAAGCUGGUCCAAUAUUAGAAGAUGAGAUCCUUGAGGGAUCCUGUUCGCAAAUUGAAUCCUCAGAUGUUGUUGAAGAUGUUGAAAACCAUAACAAGGUCUCGGUGAUCGAGCCUGAUACAUGCAGUCCUUCUGAGAAUCAACCACUAAAGGAAAGUUUUGUCACCAAUAAGGACAGUGUAGAUUCAGUUGGAAAGAAAUCAAGAGGUCCAGUUUCAAAAUCGUCGGUUAGUAGAUCAUCCAAGCCUCCAUUUUCCCCAGCAAAAACAACGACAUCUUUUCAUCGCAUUAAAGAAAACGAUACCACUCCAAGCAGCACUAGGAAACGUGGCAUGGGUUCGAUUGAGAAGAAGAAAUCAACUACAAAAUCACUGCAUAUGUCAAUCAAUAUAACCCAAUACCAAAGUGGAGCAACUACUACUUCAGAAAGUAAAAGUUUGUCGAUCCUUGAGAAGGUUGCAAACUCAAAAGCUGCUAGUGUUGUACCAAAAGCUUCUCAAGAAUGGUCCCAUCAUUUUAGAACACCAACAAAGGCAUCUUCAAAUGGAGUGACAAAAUUGGUUUCUCUAACUCCUCAAUCAGAACAUGGAAGGACCAAAACACCGCCAGAACAAUCAUAUUUUAAGAAGAAAAUAGCAGAUUUGAAGUUGCAAACACUCUCUCUCGAUUAUUCGAAAUCUUCAAGUAUUAAAGGACACAGACAGUGUAGCCCACUUGCUGCUUCUUUUAGCUUCAAAACUCAGCAAAGGGCAGAAAAACGGAAGGAGCUUUUUCAUAAUUUGGAAGACAAAUUUGACAAAAAGGGGGCGAAGAAACUGCAACUUCAAGAAACAUCUAAGGAAAAAGCUGAAAGUGAAUCAAGAAAAUUGCGACAAAGUCUUUGCUUUAAGGCCAGACCGUUGCCAGAUUUCUAUCGCAAUAUUGAACCACCAAAAGUAGAGAUGAGAAAGGAAAAAGCUGAAAAUGAAUUGAGAAAAUCAAACCAGAGCCUUUGCUUUAAGGCCAGACCAUUGCCAGAUUUCUACCACAAUAUAAAACCAACAAAUUUUGACAUGAAAAAGAUACAAUUAAUACAACACCAGUCUCCCAAACAUAGAAGGACAAGCAAUUCGAAAGCAGAUUCAGAGCUUAACAAUGUGCCUCCUUCAAAACCUUCCUUCAGGAGCACUAGAUCAAUCAGUAUAACAGAGAAGAAUGACUAUAGUGAAACACCAACCAAUUUGUAAUUCCACUACCUAACAAACAUAACUAAGAGUCCACUGUCUUGCUAAGGUUUAAAAAUUUCAUGCAUUUCAGCAUGGUGUUGGAGGCUUUUGGGAAAAGAAUGUAUAUUUCAAAGGCUCAUUAUGACCCGUGAUAAAAUAGUCAUGCGAUUUAGUCCUGGAUGUAAUCUUACUGUUCAAUUCUAGUUUGUACUUUAGGCUGUGCUUUGCAUUGUUAGAACAAUUCAAAAACUUUUCUGCAUGAAAUUGAAAUCUGUAAUUCCAUGUA